AUGCGUAAAACAUUACUAGAUAUAACACCCGACGAGAUUGAAAGGGAGUGGCAAAACUUUAAGCGCAAAUUUCGGACAAACCAAACGCUGAAGGUAAUGAAAGAUUACGACGAGGUUAAAAGGCGGGCAAUUUUUGUCGACAACUACCGGGCCAUCCGUAAGCAUAACAUGGAAGCAGAUAAUGGCAAACACACCUAUUGGUUGGGCUAUCUAUACCUCCCUCCUCCGUGUUCGCAAAAGUUUGCUUUGGCCGACACCCUCCUCCCCCAAGUGCGCACAGUUUAUUACAGUUGUAGUAUACAGUAUAAGCUAUACCUACAAAAUUCAAAUAUGAAUUACAAACUAUUACUAGUGACAAUUGUUACCAUGGUCAAUGCCGAUGAUGGUCCUUGGGUAGACUGCCCCGAUAACUACCCUAUUAGCGCACCAUGCUCAUAUAUACCACCUCAACUUGCCGGAGAAUGGUGUUACAUUGAAUGCAAAAACAACGCAAAUAUUACCAAAAUAUUAGGUGACUUAAGCGCUAAACUGCCGGCGGAUAAGAAAAAAUUCAUAUCCAUAGCGUUGGACUAUUUGACCGAGGAGGACCUACCGGCUCAGGCGUUUGCUGGCAUACAAUUCGAACUAAUCAGUAUUUUUGGUAGAAAUGUUAAGCGUAUACAUAAGCAGGCGUUCGCCGGCACAGGUGUUCAGAAAAUGCAGUUUAUUCACGCGGAAUCGCUCACCGAAGUGGUGUCCGGUGCCGACCACGAGUGGGAUCUGUUCGGUGCCAUACGUUCCCAACCG